GAGAAGAGGGAAAGCCAAAGACGGUUAUGGAACAAGAGAAGCAGUUGGUGCUAUGUGUUCCAAAGGGACGCCGUUGCAACAGUAGCCAAGAGGAGGAUGGAAAAAGACGUUCUGAGAAGAGAAGCAUGCAGGAGGAUCCUGGAUUGUUUUAGCUGGAUUGGAGACACCUGAGGCCUGAUCCAUUUUUGUAAGUGGAGCUUUAGCAUCUCACGUUGAAAGAUCAGAGACAAAACAUGUACAACUGCUGAGGAGCCUAGGGAAAGGUCUGCUGGACUUGUCAACAUCAAAAGGAAGAGAAGCCAUUCAAUAGGACUGGAAGAGGCCAAGAGAACAUAUAUGAGGCAAGACAAUAGAGUAUAUAAUAAGAAAAGAGGAGGUGAGAAGUGGAGUCAAGCUUUCGAGUGACAGGAGGCAGAGUUUAUUAAGACACUCUAAACACAGGUUUAGAUAUAUAAGCCCUAAUCGCCAUGUUCAUGAACUUCCGUCGUAUCCGCAAGUGCCAGUGCAUUCAGCUGCUGACCACAAGUUUAUUGCUGUCUGUGCUGAUGGUCUGCUGGGAAGACCUGGACCACCAUGUGGUCAGCCACAUGAGGUCCUACACGUACCGCUACCUGGUGAACAGCUACAACUUUCUCAAUUCCUCCUACGCCCUCAGAUCCAUCCAUCACAACAGGAAGGAUGGGCUUCAUGAUGUGGACGGUGGGUUCGUUAACUAUCCGUACCUCAUCAACCAUCCGGGCAAAUGUGGAGUCGGGGGCGGAGUCCGGAAAAGUCAGGAUGUCCUCCUGCUGCUUUUUGUAAAAUCCUCCCCGGAGAACUUUGAGCGCCGGCAGGCCAUCAGGGACACGUGGGGAAACGAGAGCUUUGUUUGGUCAGAACUGGGGGCGAGAGUGAGGAUGGUGUUCGCCCUUGGCGUGCACGCAGAUGUCGGACGGAGGUCCAGGGUGCAGAGCGCGCUGUUGCAGGAGGACCGGGAUCACGGAGACUUGAUCCAGCAAAACUUUUUGGACACCUUCCACAACCUGACUUCCAAACUGCUCCUGCAGUUCCACUGGGGCCACGAGUACUGCCCCCAGGCACGCUUCCUCAUGUCUGCAGACGAUGACAUUUUUGUCCAUCUGCCAAAUUUGGUGAAAUACCUACGGCAUCUCCAGAGUACAGAAUCAGGGGUCAAAGACCUGUGGGUGGGACACGUACACAGAGGAGCCCCUCCAGUUCGCCGGAAAAACAGCAAAUACCACGUUUCCCACGAGCUGUACCCCUGGCCCUCCUACCCAGACUACACUUCUGGAGCGGGGUACGUGGUUUCAGGGGAUGUGGCGGCCAAGAUUUAUCACGCAACUUUGUGGUUGAACUCUUCCAUGUACAUUGACGAUGUCUUUAUGGGGAUUUGUGCCAAGACUGUGGGGGUCUACCCCCAGGAGCAUGUGUACUUUUCAGGGGAGGGCAAGACUCCGUAUCACCCCUGCAUCUAUCAUCACAUGAUCACUUCUCACGGUCACACCACGGACGUGCGCACGCUCUGGCAGGCAGCAACAGACCCUACAGUGUCUGGAAAUUCUGGGGGAUUUGUAAGUAAUUUGUACUGCACUGCAGUGAGGGUGGCGCUGCUGUGCCUGCCUUACCACCAGAACACUUACUCCUGUAUGGCUGCUUUUACAUGAAUGCUCUUCACAUGCUAAAUGUGCCCCUAGAACAAAUAAUGGCACCUAUUUUAGGUAUUUGCUCUGAUGCAAAUUAAGAUGAAAGCCCUUCUGUUAAGCAAACAAAUGCACCCGGGUGUCCUUUAGUUAUCACCCGGACUGUUUGAGCUGGGGAGAAAUUAGUAGAACCGAUCCUGCUUCUGUUCAAAUGAGGUUCUUCUUCUCAGUGUGCACACUUUCAUAUUCCUUUGGCUCCGAUUGGAGAGUCUAAACUAGCUGUUAAAUAAGAUGAGUUCCGGUGUCUCUGAGGCAGUGGACAAAGAUGAAUGUUCCCAUUGUCAAAUCUGAAGGCACAAUUAAUCAAAUGUUGAAAAAAUUGCAACCGUAAUAAAUGAUACGAUUUUUUUAAGAAAAAUGUUUU